CCUACUGCGACGCUCAAAUUUCUCCUUUGCUGUAAGAUCAUCCACAUACUUUUUUCUCUUCUAAAAAAGAGCAAUUUUAAAAUGAUGGCAAAAAUCAGCGCUGUCGUUCCGUUGGCCAUUUUACUCUACUUAGCAGCGUCCGUAGCAGCCAAAUCAACAGAUCGAGAAGAGACCGAAACAACUGAUUUCGGCCAAGACAUAGAGUUGGGAGCAGUGCCAGACGACGGAAGUGUGGAAACGGCUUUACUGAACUAUCUCUUUGCAAAGCAGAUUGUGGCUCGCCUACGUACCAACGCAAACCCCCAAGAUUUGAUGAGAAAACGAUCGUAUUGGAAGCAGUGCGCAUUCAACGCCGUCUCCUGUUUUGGCAAAUGAUUGGAUCAAGAAAUGUUAAAGCAAAAUCAAUAACUUUUUUUUUGUUUCAAACUGUGGAUCUGUAACAACACACUCUGGCUGUUUUCAUUGAACAGGAGCAAUCGAUUUCUUUUUA